AUGCUCCCAAAAUGUGUUGAGGAUGCGGCCCUUGCUGGGGAAGCUUACCAGAGACAACGUCCCAUCGCAAGAAUAUCCAACUACUUCCCUGUUACAGAGGACACGGCCACAUCAAUAGGUUCAAUCGACUAUGAUUACCGACUCCAGCUAUUGGAAGCACAAUUCUUCCUUUUUUGGGACGAGAAAGAGAAGCGAGGAUGGCUUAUCAACGGUGCUACUGCCUUGUUACAUGCUGUGGAAGAAUGCGUUACACCUGAUGUAAACGGCGCUUCCCGCUCUGCUUUGUUAUUCAGGGGGCAUGCCUUCGAGAAGGGAUACAAAGGCUGUAGCCCAUUAGUUGUUCAGAUUCUAAAUGACAGGAAAUACCAGAAACUUCCACUGUACGGUGAAGGAAACAGUCACACCACCGUUGGGGACAAGAUCAAAGAGCUGUGCAGCAUAUUCGAGUACUUCGUCGAUCUGCAAAACCACUCAAAAACCACAGACAGGCUCCAUGGCAAGUCCCGAAAGUAUCUGGAGGGCUGGGAUUUUGAGGAUGUAGUCAGCAACUUCAGGACGUUUCAUGCACGACAGACUACCCUAGAAACACUGGGGAUGGAGUGGGUUGACUUCAUCCGCGCUAUCAAAGCUGUGACCCUUUUUGGGCAAGGUUUUGGUGAGAUCAUUCAGCCACACAAAACCUGCAGGGAAUGGACCACCCUGCCGAAAGGGAAAUACUAUAUUGCAACGCUCAUCUCUGAUCUGCGUAAGGUGUUGAAAGAGCAUGGGCACUGUGGUGAUGGCCAUCUACGACUUGGCAACAAUUUGAUAUGGCAUUCUGCAACGUCUGGAUCUGACUUUUGCAAAUGCGAUGAACUGGGUCAACAGAUGGGUGGACGCCACCGUUGCGAGCCAGUGCAGGUAUGCUUUCCCUUGAACUUGGCUGAAUCUCUAAAAGCAAGGAAGAAGAAAAUACCAGACAUUAAUGAGGGUGCUCUGAUAUUUGGCCAUCACUCUCAGUUUCCAUGGUUUUGGGAUGAUGUCGGUUUUCCCAAGAAACGGCAAGACAUUGAAGCCCUUUACUUCCCAAGAACAAUUGAAAAAAGCAUCACCUUAUCGUCCGAUAGCGGUAUUGGUUCGUCUAUGUCGAGAUCCCAGGUUGAAACUCCGGAUCGGCAGAGGUCGAGGUCGCAAGAUAGCUUUGCUGAGCCAUCAUGGAAGAAGCAGAAGACGGCAACUACUACAUUUCCAGUCGAAGCCAACUCUCCCGCAAAUCAGCAUGAAACUUACGUGGGUAUCAUAUGUGCUUUACCACACGAGCUAGCGGCAGUCAGAGCAACAUUCGAUGUGAUACUGGAGAAAUACAAGAAAGUCGAGGGUGACACAAACUAUUACUUUACUGGCAAGAUUGCUCACCAUAACGUUGUGGCGACGUGCCUCCCAAAGAUGGGAACAAAUAAUGCGGCAUCGACUGCGAAGGAUAUGAGCCGCAGCUACAAUCCGUCGCUAUGUCUUCUAGUCGGCAUUGGUGGAGGCGUGCCUUCGGCAAAGCACGAUAUACGGCUCGGCGAUGUGGUUGUAGGGAACUCCGUUGUCCAGUAUGACUUUGGCAGUGAGACAGAGGCGGAUUUCCAAAUCAAAGACCGUGUUCUGCAAAGCUCGCCGAGUGAUGUGGAAAACCUCGUCAGCUCGCUGUGCUCCGACCCAGUUCUCAUACGCAGCUCAAUUGACCGCUACCUGGGCGAGAUCACCGCUAAGGAAGGUAUGGCUCAUUACUGUCAUCCAGGGCACGAACGAGACAUUCUUGAUCAGUGCUGCUCAGCCUGUCGCUCAGUACAUCAACCAUGCGAGCAUUUCAGAGAGCGAGAGCAACGGAUGGAUUCUGGGGUUAGGGUUCACUAUGGAAAGAUUGCAUCAGGCAAUAAGGUCAUCAAGCGUGCAGCAUUCCGAGAUGAGAUCGCGGCGAAGUAUGACGUCAAGUGCUUCGAGAUGGAGGCUGCUGGCAUUGCCAACACAAUGCCGUACCUUGUAGUUCGGGGUAUUAGCGAUUACUGUGAUGGGAACAAGAACGACGACUGGCAUGAGCAUGCAGCGGCAACAGCAGCAGCAUACGCUAAGCUACUACUCAGUAAAUAUCAUAAGUAG